GUACUCGCACGUGGAACGCACCUGGUCGUCAUCCGUUUAACCGCUUUCGUCCAGCGCAUAUAUACCUACCUAUAAUAAUAUCAUUAUAAUAGUUGGACACACGUCACCGUGUUUGGUGACUUUUACGGGUUCGCUGUGGUGGCGGAUAAUGGCCAUCCAGACAAAUCCUCUUUACGAAACACGCGUGACGUAUUAAUUGAUAUAGUACGUUAUUAUUACAUUUUUAACGUAUCGACGGACACGACGACCGGACCGCUUCGGGUUAUCCGAUCCCCGCGUCGCGCGGAUUAUAAACUCGGCGUUCAAGUCUUCAUCGUCAUAAUUAUUAGUAUUAUUGAACGUCGAAUAUUAUACAACAAUUGAACACUGCUCCGGUGAUAAUACGACGAGGAGAGAGGGACAGAUAAGUCCGCAUCGUCAUUAUCUCGCGACGUGUUCGUCCCACGUUAUCCGGCUGUCGAAAAAUCCAAAAACUUCCCGAGUGCCUCACGCCCGUAUAGUAUAGAAGGCUGAAAUCCCACUUUUGCAGAGCCUAACCUAAAAUUGUUGAUUUCCUCUACUUAGAAAAAAAAUCCUGUCGCUGCAAUUGACAUUGGAAGACGCACAGUGGCGCAAUGAUACAAACAAAUAUGUUCAAAGAGGCAGCCCAAAAUCCUCAACCGAUAAAAUGUGAGCUACAAGAUAUACUACCUAAAUUUAAUAAAUACAUCAAACAAGAACAUGAUAUUGUACAGGAAUAUAAUGUUAAACACGAAUAUGUUGAUGAAUCUACAGAAUAUAAGGAUUAUUGUGGUGUAAAUGAUAGUCAAUCUACUAAUCAGUAUUACAAGAAAGAUUUUGAGAAUACUAAAGAAAAUCUUAAAGUUCAAUUAAAAACUGAAGUGGAUGUAUUUAACGAUACUAAAUACGAAAAUUUUUUUAUUCGUGAUAACGAUUUUGUAUCAUCAUUUUCGUCUACAACACAAUAUAGCAUUAACUCAUACAUUGAAAACAAACCUACAAAUUUUAAUCUUAACAUUGAAUCAUCAACUGGGACUUAUACACCAACUAAACACAAUAUGAUGACGUCUGAAAAAAAUACCCAGAUAAAAACUGAAGUAGAUAUAAUUGAGGAUACUAUGUAUGAAAGUUUUUUUAUGCGUGAAAACAAUUAUGUGCCAACAGUUGAGUCCUCAACAUAUUAUGAUAUUAACUCACCCAUUAAAAACAAUCAUAAAAAUGCCUGUCUCAACAAUAAAGCCCCAAUUAUAACUUCUAAUCUAACUAAAAAAAAAUUAAGAAGAUCAAAAGAAAAUUCAAAAAAAACACAUAAAUGUUAUAUUUGUAAAAAAUAUUUUUCGUGGAAAGGAACCAUGAAAACUCACAUGAAACUUCAUUUGGGAAAAAAACCAUAUCAAUGUCUUAUUUGUAAUAAAUCUUUUGCUCAAGUAUCAACUUUAUAUCAACACAAAAUGAUUCAUGAAUCUCAUAAACCAUUUAACUGUGCUAUAUGUAAAAAAUCAUUUGCACAGAAAGUAAAUAUGAAAGUCCACAUAAAUAAGCAUAUGAAAUUUAUAUGAUUGUAUUAUUGUAUUAUAAUAGUCAGUAUCAUUAAUAAAAGAGAACAAAGACAGCAAAAAAAAGUACAACGAAAAAAUUCAUCUAUACACUCCUUUGAAUGUACAUUUUACAUUUAUUUUAGAUUUAAUUAUAUCUAUCCAUUUUCAAAACUGAACCAUAAAUUUCAAAUUUGUAUAGAUAAGUUUUCAAUAAAUACAAAAAUAGAAACGAGGAUUGUGAUUUUUGAAAGAUAUGAUUAUGUAAAAUUGGUAUUUGCUUUUAUAAGUAAUAAUAGCAAAUAAUAAAAAUAAACAUUGUAAUAUUGUGUUCAUAAGUA